UAGCGCUCGGGCGCCAUGUUAGGACGAAGGGGAAGGAGGAGAAGCGCUUAAAGCGGCGGGAGCGGGUGCGGGAGUGGGGUUGGACCCAGGGCUGAGGCAGGCCCCCCUCCCUCCCGCCUCAGUGGAUCAUGCCCAGGGCGGCAGCGGCGGCGGUUGCGGGGGGGAAGUGACUGGGCGGUGCCGGCGCAGGAGACGAUGCCGUUUCCAGUUACAACGCAGGGAUCACAACAAACACAGCCGCCGCAGAAGCACUAUGGCAUUACUUCUCCCAUCAGCUUAGCAGCCCCCAAGGAGACCGACUGCAUACUCACACAGAAACUGGUUGAGACACUGAAGCCCUUUGGGGUUUUUGAAGAGGAGGAGGAGCUGCAGCGCAGGAUUUUAAUUUUGGGAAAAUUAAAUAACCUGGUUAAAGAGUGGAUACGAGAAAUCAGUGAAAGUAAGAAUCUUCCGCAAUCUGUGAUUGAAAACGUUGGAGGAAAAAUUUUUACAUUUGGAUCUUACAGAUUAGGAGUACAUACAAAAGGUGCCGAUAUUGAUGCGUUGUGUGUUGCACCAAGACAUGUUGAUCGAAGUGACUUUUUCACCUCAUUCUAUGAUAAGUUGAAAUUACAAGAAGAAGUAAAAGAUUUAAGAGCUGUCGAAGAGGCAUUUGUACCAGUUAUCAAACUCUGUUUUGAUGGCAUAGAGAUUGAUAUUUUGUUUGCACGAUUAGCACUGCAGACUAUUCCAGAAGAUUUGGACCUACGAGAUGAUAGUCUGCUUAAAAAUUUAGAUAUAAGAUGCAUAAGAAGUCUUAACGGUUGCAGGGUAACCGAUGAAAUUUUACAUCUAGUACCAAACAUUGACAACUUCAGGUUAACUCUGAGAGCUAUCAAACUGUGGGCCAAACGCCACAACAUCUAUUCCAAUAUAUUAGGUUUCCUCGGUGGUGUUUCCUGGGCUAUGCUAGUAGCAAGAACUUGCCAGCUUUAUCCAAAUGCAAUAGCGUCAACUCUUGUACAUAAAUUUUUCUUGGUAUUUUCUAAAUGGGAAUGGCCAAAUCCAGUGCUAUUGAAACAGCCUGAAGAAUGCAAUCUUAAUUUGCCUGUAUGGGACCCAAGGGUAAACCCCAGUGAUAGGUACCAUCUUAUGCCUAUAAUUACACCAGCAUACCCACAACAGAACUCCACGUACAAUGUGUCCGUUUCAACACGGAUGGUCAUGGUUGAGGAGUUUAAACAAGGUCUUGCUAUCACAGAUGAAAUUUUGCUGAGUAAGGCAGAGUGGUCCAAACUUUUUGAAGCUCCAAACUUCUUUCAAAAGUACAAGCAUUAUAUUGUACUUCUAGCAAGUGCACCAACAGAAAAACAGCGCCUAGAAUGGGUGGGUUUGGUGGAAUCAAAAAUCCGCAUCCUGGUUGGAAGCUUGGAGAAGAAUGAAUUUAUUACCCUGGCCCAUGUGAACCCCCAGUCAUUUCCAGCACCCAAAGAAAACCCUGACAAGGAAGAAUUUCGAACGAUGUGGGUGAUUGGGUUAGUGUUUAAAAAAACAGAAAACUCUGAAAAUCUCAGUGUUGAUCUCACCUAUGAUAUUCAGUCUUUCACAGAUACAGUUUAUAGGCAAGCAAUAAACAGCAAGAUGUUUGAGGUGGAUAUGAAAAUUGCUGCCAUGCAUGUAAAAAGAAAGCAACUCCAUCAACUACUACCUAAUCAUGUGCUUCAGAAAAAGAAAAAGCAUUCAACAGAAGGUGUCAAAUUGACAGCUCUGAAUGACAGCAGCCUCGACUUGUCUAUGGACAGUGAUAACAGCAUGUCUGUGCCUUCACCCACUAGUGCUAUGAAGACCAGUCCAUUGAACAGUUCUGGCAGCUCUCAGGGCAGAAACAGUCCUGCUCCAGCUGUGACAGCAGCAUCUGUGACCAACACACAGGCUACUGAAGUUUCUGUGCCACAAGUAAAUUCCAGUGAAAGCUCAGGGGGUACAUCGAGUGAAAGCAUUCCUCAAACUGCCACACAACCAGCCAUUUCUCCACCACCAAAGCCUACAGUCUCCAGAGUUGUCUCCUCGACGCGUCUGGUAAACCCACCGCCCAGACAUUCAGGAAACGCACCAACAAAAGUACCUAAUGCUAUAGCAGGAGUCAAGAGGACAUCCUCCCCUCAUAAAGAAGAGAGUCCCAAGAAAACCAGAACAGAAGAGGAUGAAACAAGUGAAGAUGCUAACUGUCUUGCUUUGAGUGGACAUGAUAAAACUGAAACAAAGGAACAACUUGAUACAGAGACAAGUACAACCCAAUCAGAAACUAUUCAGACAGCGGCUUCUCUGUUGGCCUCUCAGAAAACAUCCAGUACAGACCUUUCUGAUAUCCCCGCUCUCCCUGCAAAUCCUAUUCCUGUUAUCAAGAAUUCAAUAAAACUGAGAUUGAAUCGGUAAAAACAACCUCAGGGGUCCAUAAACAAUAUCUGCCAACUCAACCUGUUGUCUUCAAAUGCUAAAAAAGGAAAAUGGAGGGUACAAGACUAGACAUGACUGAAAAUGGAUUUAGGUUUUUUUGGUGACCUCCCUUACUGGGCUAAUCAGCACUUGAUCGGAAGUCCAGGUUAGUAUGUGACGCCAGGAGUACUAUUAUUAUUGUGUUAGCAACAGUUGCAUUAACUAUUUCAAAAAUUACUGCCUUUAAAUGGAAAAAAAAAACAAAAAAAAAACACCUCAAGCUAUAUUUGUAUCCAUAAUUGACAUCUGAAUUGGGUUUAUGUUUGAUGCAUUGUUUGGAAAACUUGCAAUACAAACUGGCAUAAGAUUUCCUUAUUCUGAUGAUGCACUUUUAUGUAUUUUUUUUAUUAGGAAGUAGAACUAAUUUUAGAUUUUCGG